AUGACUUUCUUUUACUUAGACUGCGUUCAUCUCCAAGUGUACCGGGACUCUAAAGCCCGAUGGGGCGGUGCAGCGAGCAAGGCCUCCCUCUCAUUGCAACAGUAUCUCGGCUGCGAGGUCGGCUUCACUCUCGACAAACACUCACACACCAUCGCUCUGCUGUGCCGAGACUUUACUGCAGUUCUAGCUUUUGAAACACGUGAACGGCUAAUACAGUGGCAGGUUAAAGUUAACGCUCAACUAGGUGAAGCGAUACAACAUCUAGUGUUAGUGGGUUCUGCAAGUGGUUCUACAACUGGCAAGAGACUCCCUGCUGGUCCGGCUCGACUACAUCUCCACCAAAGUAGAUUUGCACUAACAUCUGGUGUACCUCCAAGACUUUUAGGAGUGUGGGAGAUUGCACAUCUGAGACGGUAUGGUGUCGUCGAUGGUAGAUUCUGUUUUGAAGGUGGGUCGCACUGUGGGAAAGGUGAAGGACUACAUGUGUUACUUACCGAUCAAGCAACUAAAAUUGCAAAAGAUUUUGAUUUAGCUUCAAGGGGUCAAUUGUCACCCAGAAGACGUCCACUGGAUAGUAGAAAAAAUGAAGGUUUAAGUAGUCCAACAUCGAGCAAGUCAUUAAAAAAAGCCGAUCUUCGACGAUUAGAACUUAACACUAUUGAUCGAUCUCUUCCGCCUUCUGAUUUACGUCUGUAUGAAGAUCCGUGUCAAGACGAAAUAGGUGCAAUAUCACCUUACUGGCCUUCCGCUGAGAGAACAAAUAUUAACGAAAUGGGUCUAGGCGACACGGUGUCUGUAAAUGAAAACUUCGAUGGAACAGACAUGAACCCAUGGAAUGGCAAUGGGAAUGUUAUGUUAGAAAGAUGUAUGAGCUGUAUAUCAAAAUUAGGUGCUUUAUCCAGGUCAUCUACCGCUGCUUUAACACCAGGUGCAAAACAUUUCAGUCCUGCUUGGACUAUGGAAGCGGUGGAUGAAACAAACAGUGAUAUUUCUACAAAUGAUGCACUUAGUGGUAGUGAUUUUAAAACACGUAAAGGAAAUCAGGUAGAAGAAGUUUGUCGGUGUUCGUCAGAACAGGCUCCUGAUCGUCCUCCAAAACCAUCUAAAUUAGAGUUAAAUAUGACCAGAAAACCACCAAUGCCAUUACCAAUAAGAUCUUUCAGUCACGCACAGCUAUCAUCGAUUGGAGAAAACACUUCAACGAAUGUUGAUCCUUAUGAUAAUUAUGACGUACCAAAAAUACCAUCUACCGAGAUUGACGGAGAGUAUUAUGACACACCAAAACGAUUGAAAGAAUGUCUUAAUAACGAACUUUUUAAAAUAACAAAAAGUUCCACUACUAAUGUUCUUAUACUAAAGAAACCUUGCGGAUGCUUACUAAAGCUGGGUAAGAAAGUAAAGCAACCUACAAUCGUAGAUACAGAUGAGAAUUUACAACCAGUCAGUUGUCCUUGUCAAAGAGUAACAGAUUGGGCAAACAACUGGAUCAAACUUCCAUAUUGUAAAAGAAGUGUAGAGGAAAAAGAAACAACAGUGCCAAACAAGGAAAAUUUAAAACCGAACAUAAAUGAACGUAGUGCAUUAUAUGCAACUGUCGAUCUAUCUCGCAAAACAAAAAGAAAAGCUCAAGAUAUUUAUCUAUAUACUGAGAAUCAAAUGACACAAAGUCGAGAUUCAAAUUCCAUUGAAGUAGACGAAGGCCCUCACGCUAACUAUGAAAAUUUAAAUUUUGCGCUUUCUUUAGAACAUUAUGAAAAUGCCAAAGAUCUAUUAAGAAGAGCUGGUGUCACACAAUCAGAACUUGAUGCUCUAAGUUCUAAUUUAAGACCAAUGAUGUGUCUUACAACGAUAGGAGAUAAAACAAUGUGUAGAAAAUGUGGCCACCCACAAGAAUGUGGCCCUAAUCACAGAAAAAAAAGCAAUGACGAAUAUCUAAUGAUGGAACCGAAUUCAUUAGAAAACAAUAAAUGUGAACCGGAAAAAUCACUGCCUUCUGGGUAUACUCCAAUGUCACCAAUAGGAACUUUUGGUUUUCAUACUUUAAAAUACCCAACAAAAAGUCCUAUUAAUAGGCUGCUUGAUGAAAAGUCAGCUAGUAACCCAACAUUAUGUGGUCCUGAAAAGACUCAGCCUACUAUGACCUCUGUAGGAGAACAUGUUGAGUUACGUCCUGCUCACAAUCGUCCUGAAUAUCGAAAACGUUCAAGUUCAGCUGAUUCUUCAAGAUUCCUCGAUGACGUUAAGGAAUUUGAUGGAAGUGUAGGUAGCAGGGGUUCAGCGUCUUCUAUAGAAACUUUACGUGAUAUAGGAAUUCGCGAAACAAGUGCAACGUGCGAUUGUGCUACCAGUAAACAUUCAGAUGCUGAUAGCUCUGAAGCAUCGAAAGUUAAGGCUGACAUAACAGUUACAGCUGGUGGGAACAGGGAUUCAUCAAGUUCUAAUGAUUCAGGGGUUUCGAGUUGGUCGUUGCGUGGAGAAGCGGCGCCUGGCGCUGCAGACUUUGAACUUCCUGCAACUACAGCAGCAACAAGACGUCGAUAUCGUACUGCUAGGAGAGCCAUCGACUCUCCAAGAAGCACACCUGUUCGACGCUCAAGAUCUUCUGGAGGUACGAGAAAUUCCCCCCCGGCAACGCAUAAGUGUUGUUCUGCAGAGGCAGAAGUUCCAGUUCUCAAUGUUAAGCCAUUAAGAGUAGUUAUGGAUACAAAUAGUACGUCCAGCGGCACCUCUGAUAUGUCAGACUACAUCGAGACGCUGUCUAUUUGUUCUUCACAUUCAUCAUCUGAUACGCCAAUCACUAUGAGGGUAUUGCGUCAGACGACGAGUACUCUGCGGCCUCGCUCUGGCAAGGAGUAUCAGCCGCUGGCCCCUCGGCUCGCUGCGGGUCUACGAUCUGCUCAGCCUCAACACUAUUCCAACCUCCCUUAG